AUGCCCGAAGUUUCGAUAUUCAAGACGGUUGCUCCGUACCAUAUCAUCUCAUACGGCACUUUGCUAGGGACAGAAUUCUUUCAAACCUUUAUAGGUGGAAUCGUUAGCUACAAGGCCCUCUCCCGACCGCAAUUCUCCCAGCUCCAGCAGAAGCUAUUCCCAGUCUACUUCGGCAUCCAAACGUCUCUGCCUGUGGUUCUGGCCUUAACUUACCCCGCCUCGAGACUUGGUCUUGGGACGGCUUCUGGCUUAUCUGGUGUACUUGCAAAAGUCAAUAGAUGGAGUGUGUUGGUCCCAAUUGCCACGAUCUUCGUGACAAGUUUGGCAAAUAUGGCUUUCAUCGGACCAGCCACGACGAAAGUUAUGAUCAAGAGAAAGCAUCAGGAAACUCGGGACGGGAAGAAAUACGACGACCCCACCCCUCAGUCGGAAGAAAUGCAGAGGCUGAACAAGGCAUUCGCUAGCAUGCAUGGAAUCUCAUCCCUCUUGAACCUUACUGGCUUCAUUGCAACAUGCUGGUAUGGGGUUUCGAUCGCCGCGAGGAUCGAAUAA